UCAUCGGUAGUACCCGGAUUUACCCGUGGGGAAAUUAGCUACGUCAUUGUUCACAGACUGAAUACAACUGGAAAUAAUAAAUGGAUUUACACGUCUAAUAAUACAUUUAUAAAAAAUUACAGCAAUGAACAAUGACCAUAGUUGACAGAUCUUCAGAGAAAUCUGACCUCGAGUCAGUCGGGUGCAAGCGCUCUGGAUCGCUGACCUUUCCCGGUGGUGACGGGAACGGGAUGGACAGUGGCUGCUCCAGCUGGGGGGCGGGGGGCCCCUCGUCCUCCGACACCCCCAGGGUGAAGACAGGGGGCUGCAUGGGCCCCACCCCUGGAGCCACUGUCUACAGCAGCAGUGCUGCCAUCACCUCAGACAGGGCCAAGGAGCAAGUGGUGCUGACCAGUGGGGACGGCAUCGCACUGCCCCAGAAGGUGCUGUUCCCGGCCGAGCGGCUCAGCCUGAAGUGGAACCAGGUCCACCGCAUCGGAUCAGGUCUCCAGAACCUGGGCAACACCUGCUUCCUCAACUCGGCUCUGCAGUGUCUCACCUACACAGCUCCCCUCACUAACUACAUGCUGUCCCGGGAGCACUCUAAAACAUGUCACGAGCCUGGGUUCUGUAUGAUGUGCACCAUGCAGAAUCACAUCACCCAGGUCUUCGCCAACUCUGGGAAUGUCAUCAAGCCCAUCGGAGUCCUCAAUGAGCUCAAACGGAUUGCAAAGCAUUUCCGCUUUGGCAGCCAAGAGGACGCCCAUGAGUUCCUGCGGUACACAGUGGACGCUAUGCAAAAGUCCUGCCUGCCUCUAAACAAAUUGGACAGGCAAACGCAGGCAACCAGUUUCAUCCAUCAAGUCUUUGGAGGGUAUCUACGGUCUAGAGUAAAAUGUUUAAACUGCAAAGCAGUCUCUGACACGUUUGACCCUUAUUUGGACGUUGCUUUGGAAAUAAAGACUGCUCCCAGUAUCACCAAGGCUCUGGAGCAGUUUGUUAAGCCUGAGCAGCUAGAUGGCGAGAACGCCUACAGAUGCGCUAAGUGUAAGAAGAUGGUUCCAGCCUCUAAGAGAUUCACCAUCCACCGCAGCGCCAACGUGCUCACCAUCUCACUGAAGCGCUUCGCCAACUACAAUGGGGGCAAGAUCGCUAAGGACGUGAGGUAUUCUGAGUGCCUGGACCUGCGUCCCUUCAUGUCCCAGUCCCACGGGGAGCCCCAGGUCUACGUGCUCUACGCUGUCCUGGUGCACUCUGGCUUCAGCUGCCACGCUGGACACUACUACUGCUAUGUCAAGGCUAGCAACGGCCAGUGGUACCAGUUGAAUGACUCCUCUGUGUCAGUCAGUGACAUCAGGUCAGUCCUCAACCAGCAGGCUUACGUCCUCUUCUACAUCAGGUCACCUGAUCUGAAGAACGGAGGGGACUACAACUACACGAGUCGGACCCCGGGGUCCCCCAGCCAGUCGUCCCCCCACCCCAUCCUCACACCCCGGGUCAACAUUGGGCCACGACACACCAACACCGGCUUCAUAGGGCCACAGCUGCCCCCACACAUGGCCAAGAACACUUUUCACAUCAAUGGGAACGGCUCCCUAAGGGACUACCCCUCUGGCUGGAAGCCCAGCACCAGCAGUGACAGCAGCAUGGGCAAGACUAGCUACAGCCAGCUUGCCUCCUCCUCCCAUCCUCUCAGCCGUCCCACAGGCAUCCUUGACCCCGCCAAGCGCCAGAAGCUCUCCUUCUUCAUCGGUCAGGGCAAACAGAUCCACCCCUCUUCUUCGUCACAGUCUACCUCAGACAUGUCCGCGCCCCGGGCUCCUCGCGUUAACGGCACUUCCUCCGGUAACAGAAAUGGUCACGGGGCAUCGUUCCUGGUGCCGUACGGCCAGGAGUCGUCUGAGGAGUCGGACCAGGAGGGAGGCAGUGGUCUGGGAAACGGCACGGCCAAGCCUCACGUUAACAGGAGAAAGGGAGAGACCGUCUACGGCCCCGUUCCCAGAGUGCUGGCCCUCAAGACCAACGACAUCGGUAACGGCCAGGCUACCAUGCACCAUAACGGUACCAACAGCUUCUCCAAACUCAGCCAGAACGGACAUCAGAAUGGACACCACAACGUCAAUGGCAUCAAACACCCUGAGAAGAUCAACAGUAACGGUCAUGUGAUGUCGCCCGGUUUGGGUUGCAGUAUGUCUAAUGGGGCGGAGUCUCACCACAGUGGCCCAAGCAAAGAGGUGUAUAGCGUCACCUCCAGACAGGUCAGCACCUCUCAGGGCCUGCACAGUGCUGACAGCGACAGCCGCCUCUCCCUCACCCCAGAGAAAUGGGCUAAAACUCACUCUGACCCCCUCCCUCACCACGCACCAUCAACCGCUGCUAAACCUCCAUCCUCAUUGGCCGAUGUUGAAGCUAAGCCACUUACCGACGCCUUGAGGGAAUCCAGCUCCAACCCUGGGGCCUUAACCCUCCAGCCCACCCCCCGCUCCCUCAGUACCCCAGUCUCCCCAGCCAUCUCCAAGCCCCUCUCUGGACCAGGCCUGGGGGCCACGAAAGGCCUCGGAGCCCCACACAGGGGAUCUGGGGAGGACGUCAGGGAGACCCAGAACAGCCCAGCCGCAGGGCUGGAUGGACGGCUGGACGGCAAGCCCAGCUCCAGAGAGGGAAGAGACCAGAUGUACUCUUCUGAUCGUGAUGAGGAGAAAGACAGGUUGAACUCUUCUGAUCGUGAUGAGGAGAAAGACAGGUUGAACUCUUCUGAUCGUGAUGAGGAGAAAGACAGGUUGAACUCUUCUAAUCGUGAUGAGGAGGAAGACAGGUUGAACUCUUCUGAUCGUGAUAAGGAGAAAGACAGGUUGAACUCUUCUGAUCGUGAUAAGGAGAAAGACAGGUUGAACUCUUCUGAUCGUGAUGAGGAGAAAGACAGGUUGAACUCUUCUGAUCGUGAUAAGGAGAAAGACAGGUUGAACUCUUCUGAUCGUGAUGAGGAGAAAGACAGGUUGAACUCUUCUGAUCGUGAUAAGGAGAAAGACAGGUUGAACUCUUCUGAUCGUGAUAAGGAGCAAGACAGGUUGAACUCUUCUGAUCAGGAUAAGGAGAAAAACAGGUUGAACUCUUCUGAUCAGGAUAAGGAGAAAGACCGACUACAUUCUUCGGACUGCGAUAGGGAUCGAGACCGGCUAUACUCUUCUAACCGGGAUAAAGACUGUGAAGGGGAUAGGUACCACCGGGACAUGAGUCGUGAGCGCGACCGUGACUCAGACCACUACAGACACCGGCGGGACCACAGAGACAGAGACCACCACCGGUCGUACCGGGACCGCUCGGCCAGCCGGAACAGACACCGGGACUGGGAGUCUGAGCGUCGCUGGGAGAGGAACACCUACCACCCCAGAGACAGGGACAGGGACCGCUGUCACCACCAUUACCACCACAGACCCAGAGAGAACAGGAAUAGGGCCAGGAGGGAGCACAGCCUCCCCCACAGAGAGGAGCAUCAUGGACGUUCAAGGUGGAGGGAGGAGAGGGGUUACUACCCUUCACAGGAGACCCCCCUGCCCACCCCACUGAGCCCCAGCACCAAGCCCAGUCAGUCUCUCCCUCGCCCAGCCCUCUCCCCAGCCAGACCAGCCCUGGAGAAACGCCCAGAGCCUCUGAGAGAGGAGAGAGACAGCUCUGAGGAGCAUCGGGCCAAGAAGAGCAAGAAGAAGUCCAAGGACAGAGAGAGGCACAGAGAGAAUGGGACCUCUGACGUGGAUUCCUCUGACAGGGCGGCGGACGGCAGCAGGUCCUCCAAACACAAGAAGAAGAAGAAGAGGAGGAGGAAAAGGUACGACACUAACACGGAGGACGAGAAGUCGGGGGGUGAGACCCGCUCUACCCAGAGUUCCGAGGGGCACCGUGACACCAAUGCCCCCCGGGAGGUUCGCAGAGCGAGCAGCAGCGACGAUGAGAGGGCGAGCAAGAAGCGACGUUACCAGGACGAUGAUGGCUAUGACAACAGCUACCCCAAGAAACGCCAUCGCUUCAAAGAUGACGACAAAGACUGCUCCUUCUCCUCUCGUAAUGGAUCCCCUCACAACGCAUCGCACCGCCACUUCAACCAACACACUGGUAUUGGCUUCAGUCGACCCAAUGGAAACUCCCACGGAUGUUCUACUAAUGGACUGUACAAUGACCUUAGACAGUAGAUUUUCUCUGUUCGACCAGACAAACAGAACAAUACUUGAAAUACUUUUAAAAAAAAUCAACGGCAACAGGAAAGUCAUCCUGAAUAGUUGAACAUGGUGCGGAAUUAUUGGGAAUAUACUGUAUUUUUACCAUGUGAGAAAUGUUUUAAAGAUUCUACUAGAUUGUCUUUUUUUAAAACAGAUUUAUUUUCUAAUUCACUCCUCAGCGGUGAACACUUGUCACUCAAAUGUACAUUAUAAUUAAUAUAUAAUUGUGUAAACAAAAGAAGAAGCCUGGAGCUUAACCAUCAACUGCUGCUCAGUGGAAGACUCAGGACUUAUUCCUCCUCUGAGAAAUGAUCAAUUUGGUUAAAUAAUCCAAGAAGAAGAAGAAUAGUUUUGUUGCCUAGGAGAUGACCUGUUUGAUAUGACAUCAGUUGGCUGAUAUGACAUCAGUUGUCACCAUUAUCCACAUAUCUGUAUAGCUGGAGGUAUAAAACAGUUUUCUCUCUGAGGGAAACGUAAUGGUGGAAUGAGUACUGUCUGGAAGAGAAGGAGCUGGCCUGGGCCUCAUGCGGCUGAGCUGUUGUGACUAUGUGCGCACUUAACACAACUCCACCUACCUUGGACAGACUUCAGGACAGCUCUGUUACUUUCUAUGACUGUUUCUUUCUAAAGCCUAAGAUUCCCUCCCUCUCACUGAGAUAUCCAUUAUUUUUAACUCGUUAUUCAAGCAUUAAAAAAAGCUUAAUAAUAAUCAUGUUAUCACUUACGGCUGUGGACCUGUUUCUCAUCUUUUUUUUUUUAUUCUGUUUUUUUUCCUAGCGUCCAUAAGAAAUACUGUGAAUUUAAUUUUGAACUGUACUAUCAAUUAUUUUGUAUACAUAACAACAGUCCUGUAUCAGGAAUAUAAAUAGAGAAUAGCUUUUGUUUUGUUUUAGAGAAUUCCCACGACGUCAUUUAGACCUUGUUCUAUGGACACAAGUCAGCGAAAUGGGUAUGAAGGUCUGCUUGGAUGGCUUGUUUUUUUUUCUACCUAAAAAGACCAAAAAAUGUUAAUACGUUUUUAGUUCUACAAUAGCAUGUCAAAUUUACACAUUGUACAAGGUAUAUAAAAAGCCUUAAAUACAUUUGCUAAUGUCAAAAUAACUUAUCUUACUUUGUUUACGCACGUUGUUUGUUUGUUGGAGUGAAAGCUGUUGAUUGAUUGGGCAUGUACACACAGAUGGGAAAAGUGUCUGCCUUUUGUAUUGGAUGGAUGGAGUCCUUUUUCCCUGAAUUUUGGUAAAAGAUUUUGCAUAUGA